AAAUAACUAGGCAUGGGCAUUGAAUUUGAAUACUGGUCAGGCAGGGACCCUAGUCAAGAAGGGAAGAAAAAUUUUCACGUUUACGAAAGAGAAAAGGAAGGAAAGAAAAAGAGAGCUAGCAUUGCAUUUGAGAGAGCAUCCAUGGAAGUGGAGGACGACUGGGAUUUGAGCGCAGAGGACCUCGAUUCCCUCGAAAGAGACGCUUUCCAGAAAAUUGCCCAACUACGCAACCCUACUCCUUCUUCUCCGCAUCAACGCCACCAUUCUGCAACUGCAACAACCAACCACCUUCCUCCGAAACCCCUUCCCGAUUCGCGUCCCCAAACUGCUGGUACUUUGUCUCAAGCAGCAAGAGCAUUGCCCACGUCAUUCAAAUCAGGGACAAACAACGACAAGCAGUCAAAAGAGCUGCCAAAGUUUUCAGUCAAAUUUUUUCUUCAUUCCAGUGGAAAUGUUGCAGCCAAGUUUCAAUAUGACCAGGUAGUAAUUGCUGCUUUUCGAAGAAUCCCUAGAUCUUCUUGGAAUGCAAAGGAACGGUUAUGGAUAUUCCCACUAUCUUCAUUGUUAGAAGCAGAGAAGGUUCUUGGAGAAAUACCUAGUUAUAGUGUUCAGGUAGAUAACUUAGAUCCCUUAGUGAAACGUGCUGUUGCUGCAGCGUCUGCAGUUCCAGAUCUUCAAGAUCGAUACCACAAGAUCCCUAGUUAUAUUGAAUCAAAGCUAUUGCCAUUUCAGCGAGAAGGUGUUAGGUUUAUAUUACAGCAUGGAGGACGUGUUCUCUUAGCAGAUGAAAUGGGACUUGGGAAAACUUUGCAGGCCAUUGCUGUAGCUUCUUGCAUACAGGACUUGUGGCCUGUUCUCAUAAUUGCACCGUCUUCGUUACGCUUGCAAUGGGCUUCUAUGAUUCAACAAUGGCUGAAUAUUCCUUCAUCAGAUAUACUUAUUGUCUUAUCUCAAAGUGGUGGAUCAAAUAGAGGAGGUUUCAAUAUAGUAUCUUCAAGUGCCAAAAGCAGCAUUCGUCUGGAUGGACUAUUCAACAUUAUCUCAUAUGAUUUGGUGCCAAAGCUACAGAAUAUGCUUAUGACACAUGACUUUAAGGUUGUGAUUGCUGAUGAGUCGCAUUUUCUGAAAAAUGCUCAGGCAAAGAGGACAACUGCUUCUCUUCCUGUCAUAAAGAAAGCUCAAUAUGCAUUAUUGCUUAGUGGAACACCUGCUUUAUCACGACCAAUUGAAUUAUUCAAGCAGUUGGAAGCUUUGUAUCCUGAUGUAUAUAGGAACGUUCAUGAAUAUGGUAACCGUUACUGCAAGGGUGGAGUUUUUGGAGUUUAUCAAGGUGCAAGUAACCAUGAAGAGUUGCACAACUUGAUCAAGGCAACAGUGAUGAUUCGCAGGCUUAAAAAGGAUGUUCUUUCUCAACUUCCUGUAAAGCGCAGGCAACAAGUCUUCCUAGACUUGGAAAACAAGGACAUGAAGCAAAUUAAUGCUCUAUUUCAAGAGUUGGAGAUGGUAAAAGCCAAAAUUAAGGCAGCUAAAUCACAAGAGGAGGCUGAAUCACUCAAGUUUGCUCAAAAGAAUCUUAUUAACAAGAUAUAUACUGAUUCUGCAGAAGCUAAGAUUCCAUCUGUUCUUGAUUAUAUCGGAACUGUCAUUGAGGCAGGUUGCAAGUUUCUUAUAUUUGCACACCAUCAGCCAAUGAUUGAUUCAAUACAUGAGUUUCUUCUUAAGAAAAAAGUGGGUUGCAUCCGGAUUGAUGGAGGUACACCUGCUGCUUCUAGGCAACAAUUGGUUACAGACUUUCAGGAAAAAGAUGCUAUCAAGGCAGCAGUGCUAUCUAUUAAAGCUGGAGGCGUUGGGUUAACUUUAACUGCUGCCAGCACAGUAAUCUUUGCAGAAUUGUCUUGGACUCCUGGUGACCUAAUUCAGGCUGAAGACCGUGCUCAUAGAAUUGGCCAGGUGUCUUCAGUAAAUAUAUACUACUUGCUAGCAAAUGACACAGUUGAUGACAUCAUAUGGGACGUAGUGCAAAGCAAACUGGAAAAUUUGGGGCAGAUGUUAGACGGCCAUGAGAACGUCUUGGAGGUCUCAGCUAGUCUGCCGGUGAAUAGCCCUUCAAAGCAGAAAACUAUAGACCAGUAUGUUAGAAAAUCUGAUAACAUGGGUAGUUUGGUGAGUAGCCCUUCAAAGCAGAAAACUCUAGACCAGUUUGUUAGAAGAUGCGAUAAUACGGAUAGGUUGGAAUAUGAGCCCAACCCCAAACGUCCCCGAAGCUGACCCUUGAAACGCAGGUGCUCUAGUUGGAGAAGAAUAAUCGCAUAUUGGCACUCUUGUCGUACCAUGAGAAGAGGGACUUCUAACGCAGGAGGGUGUAGCUUGUCAGCACUGUUUACAACUCUAAACUAUGCGCUGAUGCCGAAGGAACUUAAUGGUUUUGCGGAAUAUGUAUGGGAUGAAAAUGGUGAUGAAGUUUCCCAACAAAUUUUAGGUUUCAGGUUUCCUUUUAAUAUCUUGUCCCCAUCAGUUCUUAGUGGGACUUGUACAGAGUACAUUAUCAUAUGAAUGCAAAUGUAAAUUGCUUUAUUCAAUACAAAUCUUAAUAUCGUUGCCAUGCCAGUAUUUAA